CAGCCAUAUUUGAUUCGAUUAUCUCGGCUUCGAGUAGUUAGCUAGCCAGUUGCAGUUCUGAAAAAAAGUGUUGCUGGAUUAUAUUACACACAUUUUCCACGACAAAGGAUAGCAAUCUUUUAAAGAAUAACUGCUUAACGUUACCGUGCUUAGUCAACGAUGAAUCCCGAAUAUGAUUAUUUAUUCAAGUUGCUUCUGAUUGGCGACUCUGGCGUUGGAAAGUCUUGCCUCCUCCUCCGAUUUGCAGACGACACAUACACAGAGAGCUAUAUUAGCACUAUUGGAGUGGACUUCAAAAUUAGGACCAUAGAAUUAGAUGGAAAGACCAUAAAACUUCAGAUUUGGGACACAGCUGGACAGGAACGGUUCCGGACAAUUACAUCCAGUUACUACAGAGGAGCGCAUGGCAUUAUUGUAGUGUACGACGUCACAGACCAGGAAUCCUUCAAUAACGUGAAACAGUGGCUACAGGAGAUUGACCGUUAUGCCAGUGAAAACGUGAACAAGCUGUUAGUAGGCAACAAAUGUGACCUGACGACAAAGAAACUGGUGGACUACACAACGGCCAAGGAGUUUGCUGACAAUUUAGGGAUCCCCUUCUUGGAAGCCAGUGCCAAGAGUGCCACCAACGUGGAGCAGGCCUUCAUGACCAUGGCAGCUGAAAUCAAGAAGAGAAUGGGCCCUGGGGCCACAGCCGGAGGUUCGGACAAGUCCAACGUCAAGAUCCAGAGCACGCCAGUCAAGACCUCCUCUGGAGGCUGCUGCUGAGGCCCCUCAGCCCCCCAAACGCCAUCCUCCCAGACCCCUACCUACCAAUCUCAAAAGUUACCAUGCUCCACAGGGAUAGAUAAAGGAGAGAAAGAAAGAGAAACAGGGGGAGAGAGAGGGCGAGAGUGACAGAGAGGGAAGGCUGAGUGGCCUGGAUUGUGUGUGCAGUUGCAAUACCAGAAUAUGUCCCCCCCCCCCCCACCCCUGACAAGGUCCGCAAUAGGAUGGUAAGCCCAUCCACACCCACAGGAACACACUAACAUAAUGUGGGAUAUUUUUACGUAUUACCAAAACAUACCUAUACAAAAUAAGAUGUGGCAACUUAUCCAGACAUUUUUAAACAAGGCGCAAGGUGAUAAUUAUGAAUGAGAGGAGUAUGAAUAAACCUUGCCCAACUCUUUACUCCAGGUCUGCUAGUUAAUAAUACAUUUUUCUACGAUGGUUAUGUUCUCUUUAUUUUACUGUGGAUAUCAGCAUGACUUUGGCCUGAUCUCCUCAGAAAUGAUUUAGGAAGCACAUGUUUUAAAGAGCAUUAUACAUGUUGGCAGAACUAAUUACUUUACCCACAAUGCAUCUGGAAUGCACUCAUGACUUAGCACGUCUGCUCGCUGUAAUCAACCCAAAUUAUUUAGAGGAAAUGUCAUUCAGUGUCACGUGGUCCAACUUCAUAAUGUUGCCUCAAGGGCCUCCCGGGUGGCGCAGUGGUCUAGGGCACUGCAUCGCAGUGCUAACUGCGCCACCAGAGUCUCUGGGUUCGCGCCCAGGCUCUGUCGCAGCCGG